AUGCCUCCUCCUAACAGGAUUGGCACUACUAACUGCAGCGACUUUGUAGACUUAGAGGAUAAACACAAGUUUAAUAAAGUAGCAGAAGAUCUAGAACUUUAUACCUGGGGCUCUUACUAUCCUACCUACAUCGGGGACAUCCUUGCCAAUAGGUAUUGCAUAGACUACAAGCUGGGCCAUAGUGGUUUCUCUGUUGUCUGGAUGGCUUAUAAUAUGCAUAGCAAGAGAGAUAUCGCCCUUAAGAUUAUGGUACUAGGAGACUCUGGAGAGCGUGAGUGCUAUAUGCAGGAUGAGAUUAAAAACUCUGUGUCAGAUACCUCUUGUCUUCUGGUAUACCAGGAUACGUUUCUUAUUACGGGCUCCUGUGGCCACCUAAAUAGUGCAAACGUUAUGAUGAUUUUACUAUCUAUACAGCAGAAGCCAGGAGAGCUAGUUAUGCCGAUAGCUCUACGGAAGGAGCUGGUAAUGCAAAGAGGGCAGCUACCUGCUAUAUACUGUGCCUCAGAGCGAGUACAUGGCGUAGACCUAAGCUUUAUAUCUGAUAUGUGGAGCUAUAUGUGUUUAUUUGUAGAGUUAUAUGGCGACUCGUGCGAUCUUGAAUGGUAUAACCAACAUCAGAAGCCUAGUCCCCACCUCGGCCUCGAAGAUAAGAUACUGCGACUUCGGCCUGAUAUUAAUACUACCGAAUUACGACUUAUCCUAGAUAUCUUGCGAUGGGGAUUCUUGUAUCUGCCGGAGCACCGCCUGACCGCAGUGCAGCUUCUGGAUAGUGUCUUAUUUAAGGACCUAAUGGCUAUCUAUAGACUAUGA